GUUUAUAUUCGUGUUUUUGUCGGAGGAGUGGCUCUAUGAUAAACUCGGAUCAGUUUCCUGCGCUGCUGGCCGAGCUGCAGGACAUGAUCAUGGGCAGCACGCUGGUCAAAUGCGCCGUCACCGACCUGGGCAUCCAGUGGGCCGGCUGGGCUCUGGCUGCAGCCUUCAGGACCGAGAAGUUUUAUGAUUUGGCAGGAUCUGGCACUUUUAUACUGCUUGCCCACCUGAGUCGUAUCUGGGGAGGAGCCAAUCACGUCCGUCAGAAGGUGCAGACUGGGUUGGUGACGGCGUGGGGGCUCAGGCUGGGGACAUUCCUCUUCAUGCGGAUCUUGAAGGACGGUCAUGAUCGCAGGUUCAACAAUGUCAGAGACAGCCCAGGGACGUUCUUCGUAUAUUGGAGUAUUCAAGCCGUAUGGGUAUUUAUGACCCUCCUGCCCACCCUUAUGCUGAACAGCGAGAAGCGAGAUGUGCCUCUGGGAACGAGGGACUACAUUGGCUGGACAAUAUGGGGCCUUGGCUUUGCCGCUGAGGCGAUCGCUGACCAGCAGAAAUGGCUUUUCAAGCGUGACCCAGAUAAUGCUGGGAAGUUCAUCCAGAGUGGACUGUGGGCUUACAGCAGACACCCAAACUAUUUCGGAGAGAUCCUGCAGUGGUCGGGUCUGUGGCUCUCAGCCUCAUCGGUGAUGGAGGGCCCCCAGUAUCUUAGUGUGGCGUCGCCUCUCUUCGUCUGGUUCCUGCUACGUUACGUCAGCGGCGUGCCGAUCCUGGAAAAGCAGGCCAUGAAGAAAUGGGGAUCUGACCCGGGCUUCCAGGACUACAUCAAGAACACCCCUCUUCUGUGGCCAUGGCCGAAAUUUUGAUGUUUCAGUGAACAGUGACAAACAUUUUCUCAACCGCUGAACCAAUAAUUGCCUCAAACAAAGAAGGUACUCACAUUAAAGGUAUACUAUGCAGCAAUUUUCACUCACUUGUCUGUGAACAGUAUUGUUAGCAGACAUGAAAGACAUGAUUCCCUCUCAUUCAUCAUAUUGCAUUUCUUGGGCUGUGUCCUCGAUUUUGUCCUCUUGCUGUUAUGGUCUGGCACCUAAUCGCUACCUCUUUAUUAAGGCCAGAUCUCACUUGCGCACUGAGCCCGGGAACACACGAACACAUUAAAAUAACAAGAAAACAACGCCUUGUCCCAUGUAUUCAGGUGUAUUUUAAAAUAUAGCUUUUAUUUAAUGUGUUCUGGUCUUUUGUCCACAUGCAGACUGCUUUGUGGGACACUAAAAGCAAAACUCCUCAUGGUAAAUAUUUUCAGAAAGUCCUUUUUCAGUGUUGAACUGAAGUUUUUAGCUUCAGACAUCAGCUUGUGCAACGUUAUCUUCUUUGUGAGACGUCACAAAUGAGGCAAUAUUUCAUGCAAUAGCAGACGUGACCAAAUUAGUGCCAGCUCUGCCUGUUUUGACAGGACUUUUUACAUGUUUAUACAGAAAGAUACAGUUGCUUUUUUACUGUAUUGAGCAAUAAACGCAUCAGACUGUUCUUCAGAGGUGACUGCUUCAGGUAGCCUCACAGUAACAGCUGUUUUCAGGCUUCAGACGUCUUCUCCUUUUUGCAUGGCUUAAUGGUUACGGUUAUAUCACCACCUGCUGGUUUGUCAUGCUUUUAAUAGCACCUCAGUUUUUUUGUGUUUUUUUGUGCAGUGCUAUAAAACUAUUUUUUAGUUUUAUAGCACUGCUCUGAAAUCUUUUGAAAACAAAGGAGAGAAAAAUCUUUUUUACAAAACAAAAUACCUGUGUUUGUAUAGACUAGGCCUAAGAAAAUCAACAAGUGAUGAUUGAGAGGGAUUACCUUUGUAUGAAUCCAUUUUUAGAAGUCUGCAUAGUAUACCUUUAGGUGCUCUCCUAAGCAAAAUGCAGAUAUUGUGAAAUAAGUUGCAAUGUACUUUUUUCUGUCACUUUGUAAUUACUCUGUAAAAUAAACUCCAGUUUAUCACAAUUCUUUA